AUGUUUCACAUAAAAAGUAUUCAGUUAUCAGAUUUAAGUCAAGUUUAUGAGUUUACAUUAUGUUUAUUCAGACAUCAUUAUGGUACUGAGGUUAAAUGUUUAAUGGGACUAGAUGAAUUUGAGCGAAUAUUUAAAAUUGAUUUUUUAAAAGGAUUUCUUUUAAUGCAUACACCUGAUAAUUCUAUCAAAGAAAUAACCCAAAAGAACACAACAACUAUACCAAUUGGUUGUAUGAUUUACUUUACAAAUAUUUCACCAUUACACGGUGGUUUCGGUUUAAUUUUGGAUCAAUUCUAUAUUGUACCAGAAUUUCGUUGUCAAGGUCUUGGACAUAUGAUGAUGAGUAGACUUUGCAAAGAAGUGAUUACACUGAAUGGUAAUUAUAUUAAAUUAUCUUAUCAAGAUUGUAUUGGAUUAGAAAGAUUUUAUACUAAUUUAGGAUUUAUAAAUCAUACUCGUCAAUCACCUGGUUUGCAUAUUUUUGAACUAUAUGGAAAGUCGACAGUUACUGACUUCUUGCGUAAUUACAGUCAAGUAGAAGAUGAAGAUGGACAGCAAGAGCAACAAUCGACUAUAAUGAUACUUCCAUGUACUGAUUAUAAAUUCCCUAAAGCUCAGGUUGUUACAGUGUUAAGCUAUGCAAAUACUUGUGAUAAGAAUACACUACAGAUAAUUCAGAGAAAAUGUUCAAUUGAAGAAACAUGUAAUCAUAAAGGAAUGUGUAUAUAUGUGGAACAGUGUUGUGUAUGCUGUUGGCUUGGUCCAAUGUUGAAUUUCUCUGAUUUUGUUGGUGAUUUAAGUAUUUUAUCAAAAAGAUAUAUUCGAUCACGUGUACAAUUAUGGCAACAACUUGUACCAGAGUUAUGUGGUGUAAUAUGGGAAGUACCAUGUGGUGAAAAUUCUUAUCGAUAUAAAUCAAAUAUAAGCAAAUUAAUUCAUUCAUUAGAUAUGAGUUACUUAAAUGAUAUUACAUUGGCUAAACAAUUGAUUCAAUUGAAUGUAAGCGAUGAUACAACACAUGAAGGAUGGAAUAUUAAUUAUUUGAAUAAAGAAAAUAUUAUAAAGUUAAGUAAUCAAUUAGUGAGUGAUAUAAACUGA